GUUUGGUUUUAAGAAGACUUCAGAGGAUAUUUUUGGUUUAAGGUUUAAAGAUUAUCUCAGGGCAGUAGGCUUGGAGGUUCAUUCAGACUUCAUGGCUCCAGUAAGUCUGGAGUCCAUGAGAAUUUGAAAUUCUGUUCUGUAUUUCCCCCCUUUUGAUAAGGAUUCUUCUAUAGAAUUUUUUAUCAAAAUGUUCAGUAAUGGUAGCCGGGCACCAUCUAGUUCUUCUGAUCUCAUGGCAAAGGAGGCAGUUGUUCAUGGAGACAACUAGCCAAACGUUCCAUUUCCUCAUCCUAUUCUUGACUCUCCUUCUUCCUCUGUUGCUCCAGGCAAAUACAAGUGGAUGACUUUAAGGAAAAGAAAUUUAUUUUCUCACAUUUCUGAAGAUUAGAAGUCCAAAUCAGAGUCUCUGCCUUGUGAAUUCCUUCCUUGUCGGUAGUCCCACAUAUUCCUUGGUUCCUGGCUUGUAGACAGUACUCACUGGCAUCUGUCUCCCCACAUGUGUGCAGGCCUCUCCAUCUAAUCUGCUCUUUUUAUAGCUCAGAAGUGAUUAGAUUUAGAACUCACUAUACUCAGCUAUGAUCAAAUUAACAUAACAGAAAAAACCCUAUUUCCAAACAGGAUUAUUUCCACAAGGGUAGAGGUUAGGAUUCCCACACAUAUUUUGAGGGUACACAGUUUAAUCCAUAACAGCCAGUAUGCCUGGCUCCCAUCCCCCAGGGAAGUGGAAUGCUAAUGAGAGGGUACGCUACAGGAAGCCAACUGGACAUUCCCUCCAUGGGAAGGCACUUCGUGGUCAAUUCAGGCUGACUUUGUCCUAUCACUAAAGCUGGCCAGUGCCUGGCUCCCUCUGUGUGGGAAACCGAGGCCUCUGUUCUCCAGGACCACCUUGUAAACUCCUCCGUGGACAAAACAAGCCUGCCCUGGGCCCAGCCAAGGGGCUCUGGUUUCCCUAGACCCCUCUAAGCUGAUUUCAUCAUGGUGGAGAUGUAAGUAUGAGUGUCCUAGUGAGGUGCCAUUUUGUUUACAUAUGUUGUGUUAGUCCAGGCAAGGCUCUGCUGCAGUAACAAAUUAACCCCAAAAUCUCAGUAGCAGAAUACAACAAAGGCCUUUCCCCAGGCCACUUCCACUCAUCCCUGCAGUGAGGAGCCCCCACCCACCUGAGGGCACCUGGGGCCUGCUUCUCUUGACCAACCAACAAGGCAACGUACGGUUUUAACCUGCUGAUGACGUACAUGUUUUCGUGGUGCAAAAAGUCAGACAUCAUCCUGCUAGAGUCACUGAAAGCGCAGGUCAACCUGGCCUACGCCUACGAGACCAAGGACGCGCUGUGCUUGGUUCUGACCAUCAUGAAUGGGGGUGACCUAAAGUUUCACAUCUACAACAUGGGCAACCCUGGCUUCGAGGAGGAGCGUGCCUUGUUUUACGCGGCAGAGAUCCUGUGCGGCUUGGAAGACCUCCACCGGGAGAACACCGUCUACAGAGAUCUGAAGCCUGAAAACAUCCUGUUAGAUGAUUUCGGCCACAUUCGGAUCUCGGACCUGGGCCUGGCUGUGAAGAUCCCCGAGGGAGACCUGAUCCGCGGCCGGGUGGGCACUGUUGGCUACAUGGCUCCAGAGGUCCUGAACAACCAGAGGUACGGCCUGAGCCCUGACUUCUGGGGCCUGGGCUGCCUCAUCUACGAGAUGAUCGAGGGCCAGUCACCCUUCCGCGGCCGCAAGGAGAAGGUGAAGCGGGAGGAGGUGGACCGCCGAGUCCUGGAGACUGAGGAAGCCUACUCCCACAAGUUCUCUGAGGAGGCCAAGUCCAUCUGCAAGAUGCUGCUCACCAAGGACGCAAAGCAGAGGCUGGGCUGCCAGGAGGAGGGGGCUGUGGAAGUCAAGAGGCACCCCUUCUUCAGGAACAUGAAUUUCAAGCGCUUAGAAGCCGGCAUGUUGGACCCUCCCUUCGUUCCAGAUCCCCGAGCCGUGUACUGUAAGGACGUGCUGGACAUCGAGCAGUUCUCCACUGUGAAAGGUGUCAACCUGGACCACACAGACGAUGACUUCUACUCCAAGUUCUCCACAGGCUCCGUGUCCAUCCCCUGGCAAAACGAGAUGAUAGAAACCGAAUGCUUCAAGGAGUUGAAUGUGUUUGGACCUAACGGUACCCUCUCGCCGGACCUGAACAGAAGCCACCCUCCGGAGCCACCAAAGAAAGGGUUGCUCCAGAGAAUCUUCAAACGGCAGCAUCAGAACAACUCCAAGAGCACGCCCAACUCCAAGACCAGUUUCAACCACCACAUAAAUUCAAACCAUGUCAGUUCAAACUCCACCGGAAGCAGCUAGUUUCAACUGUUCUCAGUGGAACCAGCCAAAACCCUUCCACUCAGACGCAGAACUGGUGACAAGUGGCACUUAUGCUCUGGCCGGGUGGUUGGGGAGCCCCGCCAGAAGCUGGGGAAGGAGGCGGCCACCACCUCGAAGUAGAGCCUCAAGGUUUCUCAAAGAAAUUUCCACUCAGGUCUGUUCUCAGAGGUGGCCCUCCAGCCGGGGUGGAUUGGAUUUGUCUUUGUCGAACAUCGCAAUAGAAAUCCAACUGGCUGUGACAACUUGCACGUAUUUUAAUAGCGUCAUAACUAGAACUGAAUUUUGUCUUUAUUAUUUUUAAAGAAAAGUUUUGUAAAUUUCUCUAUUGUCUCAGUUUACAUUUUGUAUAUUUGUAUUUAAAUGGAAGUCAGACUUUGAGGGUGUAUAUUUUCUGUGCAGCCACUGUUAAGCCAUGUGUUUUAAGACAUUUUAGGGGUGGGGAGGGAUUUACAAAAAAAAAAAAAAACACACA